GGAGUAUAGCUUACAGUAUUCUACAUGUUUUCCAGAGUAGCGUUGACAAGGUUCCCCACCGCUUCUCUUAGUUUCCUACUGCUGGGGAUGCGGUGUUUUAGCAAAACCCCAAUGCUUGCGAAGAAACCCGAGAAGGAGCGUGAUUUGUUCACCCUAGCCUCCCCGGAGACCGAAUCCGAUAUCGACUUUAUCCCCUUCCAGAAAAAAGAGUACAACACCAAACGAAAGGUAAGGGAAGCCAAACUUGCAACGAUAUCUCCGGGGCCCGUGGUCCAACCUCCCGCCGCCCAGCCCUUUGCACAGCUCCACCAGACCGCGCAUCGCGUGAGCAGCAAAGAACAGUGGCGUAACCUUCCGGAGUGGGCCAAGCGUGACACCACGAUUAAGCGUAAGAUUGGCGGCGGACCGUGGAAACCAACUAACAAGGUGUCUAGAGACACGAUGGAAGGUAUCCGUGCCUUUAAAACGCAGUUCCCGCACUCUGACAACCAGAAGAUUGGCCAGUUGUUCAAGCUUUCCCCAGAGUCUGUUAGACGAAUCCUCAAGUCCAACUGGAAGCCGACAGGCGAUGAGGAAAUUAAACUUGCUGCGCGGUGGGAGAAGCGCCGGAGUGUUCUCGAGACCAAGGCGAUCGAGAAAGUGAUCCAGCAAAGAGAGGCAGAGAGGUUACAGGAAGAAGAAAUACCAGCCUUCCGUGAGGUCGACUUGAAGAAGCUUUCUGUUUUCAAGAACCGAAAGUAUUAAUAAUGGUAUUUUGUAUAUAGUAUAAUGAAUUGAUGACAGAACUUGCGUGGAGCCCGU